CAGAUACGAGGCUCGUGCAAGACGGAAGCAUCACUUCGCGCAUGCGCUUUGCGUCGGAUCAGUUCCAUAGCAACCAUAAAGAACAACAUGGCAAAAGCAACAACUAUUAAAGAGGCCCUGGUGAAAUGGGAGGAGAAAACAGGAGAAAAAGCGAGCGAGGCAACAGCAGUAAAGCUUUAUGGUCAGAUACCUCCCAUUGAAAAAAUGGACGCAUCUCUCUCAAAUCUGGUCAACUGCGAGAGAUUAUCCUUGUCUACAAACUGUAUUGAAAAAAUUGCCAACUUGAAUGGUCUAAAGAACCUUAAGAUAUUGUCCUUGGGCCGGAAUAACGUCAAAAACCUUAAUGGACUUGAGGCAGUAGGUGAUACUCUGGAGGAGCUGUGGAUCUCUUAUAACCUCAUAGAAAAACUGAAGGGAAUUCACGUCAUGAAGAAACUCAAAGUCUUGUACAUGUCUAACAACUUGGUCAAGGAGUGGGGGGAGUUUCAGAAGCUGGCAGAUCUUCCAUCAUUGGUAGACCUUGUCUUUGUGGGGAAUCCAUUAGAAGAGAAGUAUUCUGCAGAUGGCAACUGGAUAGAGGAAGCUACUAAGAGGCUUCCCAAGCUUAAAAAGCUAGAUGGAAAUCCUGUUAUCAAACAAGAAGAGGAGGAAGGUGAAGGGGAGAGUUAAUGCAAUUCCUUUAAAUAUUCUAAAGUUGGUGCAUUUUUAUUGUUUAAACACCAGCAUUUUAACUAUUAGAAGUCUGUGCAAUAUUUGCAUUUUUUUAGGUGUAUUUAUAUGGAAUAAGCUGAAAACCUAAAUCCAUUUUCUUGAGCUUUAACACUAUUUGAAUAGAUUUGAAAAGCACACACUUGAUGCAUUUUGUUAGCCUUAACACAAGCGGAAAUAUACAAUCUAUGCAUAUUAUACAAUUAUACAAUGUAUUAUUAUACAAUAAUUAUACAAUUAUAUAUAUUAUACAAUUAUUGUAUUAUACAGUCCAUACAUAUACAAUGUAUGGGUCGUGCAGAAGGACAGAUUGGAUGGCACUCAUUACUUACACUGUAAAGAAAAAAAAUGAAGAAUGCCAUUGUUACCUUAAAGAACUAUUUCUACUUAAUCUAACUCAUGCUUAAAAAAAUACUAUGAAGAAUUAAUAUGUACACCUAUAAUAAUUAAUAAUUUAACAACUUGAUUCAGUGAAAUAAGAUCUUUGACUUGAAUAACCAGUUAAUUCCCAUCUUAACACAUGAAGGAGUUAUUAAAAGUUAAGAAAGUUAAUGACAAAACUUUUCAGGGUGAUCAAUAAAUUGUUAGAUUGUAACAGUAAAUGCAAGCCAGUGACAGCAACUACAAAACUGGAAUGACUGAUCAAGUGUGUGACUGGCUUUAACUGUUUUGAUUGGUGGUGCUAUGCUUUAGUAUGUCUCUAUUAGGAGGCUACUUGAAAAAAUUAUCUGUAUUUAAAGUUAAUUAAUAAUUGCAAGAUUCAAAUUCUAAAUAGCAUACUUUUUGUAAUAAAUUUGUUUGUACAUAAGCAAAUUCCUAAUUUAUUUGCAGUUGUUCUGUAAGUGUAUUGUUAACAUAUUAUAUUGUAUGUGUGGUACUUAAAGCGAGUUGCACAACGAGAGCAAUUUAACACUUUGUAGCAUAUCUCCAUAGAGUAACAUAAGUGAACUGUGGCCAAAUAAAGACACUAUAACUAAUAUUGUAAUAAAAACGUUGUCUGACUUUCUUGUUAAGAAUUUUAUGAGUGUGAUUUCAAUUUUAUAGUUACUAUUUUGACCAUGUUUUUGACCCCUCUAUAUGUUUUUGUUUACUGUGUUUCACAAGAAACUAUUUUGUCCUCUGCUCAAGUUAUGCUGUUAUCAUCCUUUAUAACCAUUGCAUUAAAUUUGUGAUAAAAC